GGGAGCGCCGCCGAAGGGGACUGUUUGCUCCUACGGGCUGUAGAUGGAGCUGUCCGGCCCCGGCGAGGGGGAAGGCGCCUGGAAAACGUUCUUCUCCCUGGCCGGCCCGAGCGGGGAACAGCACUCCCAGGAUGCAGUUUGUGUCAACACGGCCGCAGCCUCAGCAGCUGGGCAUCCAGGGCCUGGGGCUGGACAGCGGGAGCUGGAGCUGGGCCCAGGCUCUGCCCCCGGAGGAGGUCUGCCACCAGGAGCCGGCGCUGCGCGGGGAAAUGGCCGAGGGAAUGCCGCCCAUGCAGGCUCAAGAGUGGGACAUGGAUGCCCGGCGACCGAUGCCUUUCCAGUUCCCGCCCUUCCCAGACAGGGCACCUGUCUUCCCUGACCGCAUGAUGAGAGAGCCCCAGCUGCCCACGGCAGAGAUCUCACUCUGGACCGUGGUGGCCGCCAUCCAGGCCGUGGAAAGGAAGGUGGAGGCUCAGGCCAGCCAGCUGCUAAAUCUGGAGGGGCGGACGGGGACGGCCGAGAAGAAGCUGGCCGACUGCGAGAAGACGGCCGUGGAGUUCAGCAACCACAUGGAGAGCAAGUGGGCCGUGCUGGGGACCCUGCUGCAGGAGUACGGGCUGCUGCAGAGGCGGCUGGAGAACAUGGAGAACCUGCUGAGGAACCGAAAUUUCUGGGUCCUGAGACUGCCCCCGGGCAGCAAGGGGGAGGUCCCCAAGGUUCCCGUGACGUUUGUCGACAUCGCUGUUUACUUCUCUGAGGAUGAGUGGAAGAACUUGGACGAAUGGCAGAAGGAGCUUUACAACAACCUUGUUAAGGAGAACUAUAAAACCCUGAUGUCCCUGGACACGGAGGGUGCAGUGCCCAAGCCAGAUGCUCCAUCCCAGGUGGAGCCCAGGGAAGAGCCUUGCGUGUGGGAGCAGCGUGACCCAGAAGAGAGAGAAAUCUUAAUGGAUCCAGACACAGGAGCAGAGCCCCUGGUGUCUGCACAGGAUUCAUCAUCGCAGGUGAAACGGGAGGAAGCCCUAUGUGUCCGGGGUCAGCGGGGCCUGGAGGAAAGAGCCAUCCCCACGGAGUCCAUUACUGACUCCCCGGCCUCUGCCCAGGACCUCUUGUCCCGGAUUAAACAGGAGGAGCACCCAUGCGUAUGGGAUCAGCAGGAUCUGGCAGAGAGAGAUAUUCCAACGGACCCCAAUUCAGAGUCUCUGAUCUCGGCGCACGACAUUCUGUCAUGGAUCAAGCAGGAGGAACAGCCGUACCCAUGGGGCCCUCGCGACUCAAUGGAAGGAGAGCUCGGACUAGAUUCUGGCCCCAGUGACAGCCUGCUGCUGGUGAAGAGCGCGCCCCCCGGGCCGCAGCCGCCGCCGCCGCCGCCGGCCCCGCCCAGCCUGCCGGUGCUCCCGGCGGCGGGCGAGCACGCGAACGCGGCGGGCGCCGGGCCCCCCGACGAAGGCUUCCCCGCGCUGGCCCGGGAGCGGGGCGCGGGCGGGGCGCAGGCGGCGGGCGCGGGCGGCGGGGGCGCGGGCGGGGGCCCCGGGGGCGGCGGCUGCGGCAGCUGCUGCCCGGGCGGCCUGCGGCGGAGCCUGCUCCUGCACGGCGCGCGCAGCAAGCCCUACUCGUGCCCCGAGUGCGGCAAGAGUUUCGGCGUGCGCAAGAGCCUCAUCAUCCACCACCGCAGCCACACCAAGGAGCGGCCGUACGAGUGCGCCGAGUGCGAGAAGAGCUUCAACUGCCACUCGGGCCUCAUCCGCCACCAGAUGACGCACCGCGGCGAGCGGCCCUACAAGUGCUCCGAGUGCGAGAAGACCUACAGCCGCAAGGAGCACCUGCAGAACCACCAGCGGCUGCACACGGGCGAGCGGCCCUUCCAGUGCGCGCUCUGCGGCAAGAGCUUCAUCCGCAAGCAGAACCUGCUCAAGCACCAGCGCAUCCACACGGGCGAGCGGCCCUACACGUGCGGCGAGUGCGGCAAGAGCUUCCGCUACAAGGAGUCGCUCAAGGACCACCUGCGCGUGCACAGCGGCGGGCCCGGGCUCGGCGCCCCUCGGCAGCUCCAGGCGCCGCCCGAGCACGACUAGGGCUGGGCUGGGGGAGGGCAGGGCCCGGAGGCGGGAGCAGGGGGGCGGGGGGAGGUGGGGGGGCGGGCCUGGGGGGGCGGCCGGAGCGCCCCUGAUCCUGCCCCUGGUUCUCGGCGCGCCUUCCCUCCCUCUAUCUGCCACCUGCUGGAAAUUGGGAAGAGGAGUUGCACUCCAGACGGGGUCCCCCAAGGCCCCCUAGACCUGUCUGGCCUAAAUGGAUGGCCAGCUCAUCUCGUAGGGUGGACCAAGGGGCCGGCUGAGCGUCUUCCCUCAGGGAAGGUGCCAGAACGGACGGUGAGGGGGCGAGAGGCUUCGGGCAUCCCCCUCAGACACCGAGCGUGCCCGUUUGGCCACUGGAGUCCCGGUUUGUGAUCGGGGGAAGCAACUAGGGAGUCUCAGAAGCCCUCUGAGAUAAAUGAGGUCCUACGGUUAAGAGAUGCUGAGUAAGGAAGCAGAAGUGUGACGAGGAGAUGAGGAACGGGCUAAGGGGUAACAUCUCUGAUGACAGCACUGCCUCGCGUUCUAAUAGCGCUUUAGACUUUUUUAAACGUGUUUUCUAUCCGUUACCCGUUUUCACCCUUAGCCUGUCCCUCUGAGGUACGUGGGGUAGGAUUGUCCCUACUGCGAAAAGAGACCCAGGUGGAUGGUUUGCCAGGACGACACAAGAAGAGAGCCGCGGGGCUGGGACCAGGGCUCCUGACCCCAGUGCAGUGUCCCCCACCACACACACUGCCUACCUCCCAUGUCUGAGAGACUUCUGUGGCCUGGCCUUUCUUGUUCUCUCUCUCCUGUCUCCUUCCCCUGAGCCGCCAAAACUCAGAAGCAGCAGGGGGCCAGCUCCCGGGGUUUCUGGGGGUUGGGGGACCCAUCAGCAGCUACACAAUGCCCUGGGUUGUGCAUCUGAAAGGCUCUUCCUGUGUAGGCAUUCCUGGGCAGGAGGUCCCUCCCCAAGCCUGUCCUUCCCACCUCCAGUCCUUCAAUCUGGUGCAGCAUCUUUUCACUGCCCAGGAGUGACCCAGCCCUCCGAGGCAGCUGGUGCCCUGGGUCAGACCUCACUUUGUUGAUUUAUUCCAGUUUCCCCAGGGCCAAGGGGUGAGGGAGAGGCUCCUGCUGCUGGAGCAGCCAUCAAAGAAGCGAGUCUCUUCCCAGGAGGGCCGGGCAAGUGGGUGCUAGAGUCUGAGAGCCUCAGUCUCCUGCCCUGAGCCUCCCAACUGGUGCUAUCUGUUAACUGACCAUGCUCAAGGACAUGGACACAGACCCUAUUCUGCCCCAGACCCUGCAGGCGCCUCGGGAGGCGCCCAAAGGACUCCCUUGAGUUGGUGCAUCUGCUCCGUGGUCCUGAGGGGCCGUGGUCUCCAUUUCUGCAUCUUGCAUGACCAGGCACUGGGAUGGGGUGGCGCGCCCCAAGACCCUUGUUUGUGUCAAGAAUGACUUUUCCUGCUCCUCCCAUCGAUCCUGCUUCUCUCCCAGUUCAGGGAGCACAGUGAGCAGCCGGCACCCGGCGCCACGUUUGUGAGCAUUCUGCUUCCACCCUUCCCCUCAUCUGCGCCGCUCUGCUUUCCUCAGACCCCUUUUUGCCAUGCAAAGGGAAUUCUCGAAAUUAAAUAAACGGUGUCCAGAUUGCAGACUGCAUUUUCACAAGGCCAGAGGGUUCUGCAGCGUGGCUCCGUAAUGAGCUGGAAUCCAACUAACUGGGGUUUUUUUUUUUCCCCCUUCCUUCUGCUUUCUAAGAAGAGGAGUUGAGAAGUUAAACAGACAAAUUCAAUGGAAUUUUUGUUUGUUUGGGGUUUUUUUUAGAGCAGAAGGGAACACUCUAGUCCAGUGUUUUGGUUGGGAGGAGGCAGUAUUCUGCUUUAAAAAGUAUAUGCAGGAAAUCAAUAUUUUCAUAAUCUAAAUCACAGAGAAUAAGACCAACAGUUUUUUCUUAAUUUUUUAAAUUAAUUUAUUUUUGUGGCUGUUGAGAGUGUGAAAGGGGAGAAAUUCCAUUUGAGACGUGGGUUUGGAACACCUGAACACAUAGCUGGAGUCCCUCCCUUUAGUUUAACCUCAAGGAGCUGAUUCCCAAAGAGGGUUAGUGACUGAGCCAGAGAGAGGGCCAGGGCCAUCUGGUUCCCACAUCCUGGUCUGGCGGAUGCUGCCACACCAAGUGUCCCCUCAGCUACACUGGGAGACACCCCAGCCUCCAGCACUGGCCUUGGACAUGUCCUAGAGUGAGCUCCACCCCUGGAGCUGAUCAGAGGUGGUGACACUCGGUGUGGACCUCUACCAGGGAGCAGAGGUCCUUAUUGAAGCAGGACAAAGGUCAAGGGUCCUGCUUUGAAGGUGGAUUUUUAUUUUCCUUCUGAUAAUGUGUUAAUUAAAGUUAACUAUUUUAAUUUAAAAAAUGCAUGCAGUAAAAAUUUAAAUGGUAAAAAAACAAAAAAAGACACAAGAGUAAAACUCUUUCCUACCAGACUCCCUGUUGAGAGAUACCCAUGCUAAGAGCUUCUUAUAUGUCCUUCCAGAACUGGAGAAGUCAAGGCUCGGAGGAUGAGUUGGAUGGGGCAGAGGGAGAGGAGACAGGAGGCAAUGUGGGAUGAAGAUGAAACAUGGCAGGGAGGCAGUAAUUGGGAUUGUAAGACAGGAGACUGGCCUGGUCAUACUCAGGAUGUGAGGAAGUUGUAGGUGAUGUAGUUUCAAGGUGAGUCAAGGCCAGGCCAUGGAAGGCCUUGAAUGCCAAGACUAUUCCAUAGACAAGCUAUCAAUUAGCCUGGGAUCUGCUGUGCCACAGAUCCCUCAUAGCCACCUUAGAACUCUUUAGGAGCCCAGGGGUGCCUGGCUGGCUCAGUCGGUAGAGCAUGGGACCCUUGAUUGCGGGGUCAAGCCCCAUGUUGGGUGUAGAGAUGACUUAAAAAACUUUUGUUUUUAAGAUUUUAUUUAUUUGAAAGAGAGAGAGCACGAGCAGCCAGGAGAGGGAGAAGCAGGCUCCCCACUGAGCCGGGAGCCCAACGUGGGGCUUGAUCCCAGGACCCUGGGACCGUGAUCUGAGCCGAAGGCAGACGCCCCUAAAAAAUCUUUAGAUGCCCAGAGUGUAUAGCUCUGAGAGGUCAGAGGAGUGAAAAUGUUAGUCUUGAGACAGCAAGUUUAAGCUGGACACCACUGAAAAUGAACAAUGACAAGGGAACAGUUCUCUUACAAUCAAGGUUUUGGGCACCAUAACUGGCUCUCUCAGAUCUGGUCCCAGAAUAUUGGGUGUUGGAGAGUGAGGGGAAGGAGGGAACUUCACACUGGGCUCAAGAUGAACUAGCCUAGGACUAUAUUUAACGGUUUUGGUUUAUCCGAUUGUUAGAAAAACAUGCCACCAGAGCAUCCUAUCAGCCUGGGGCCCUGAACAGGACCAUUUGGGGGAUGCAAUGGCUGGCAUUCCAUCUGCCGCUGACUCAGGGAGCCAUUGUGGGGGGAUAUUUCUAAAAGGGUAAUUUUUUUUAAAGGUUUUAUUUAUUUGAGAGAGAGAGAGCAUGAGCAGGGAGGAGAGGGAGAAGCAGGUCCCCUGCUGAGCAGGGAGCCUGACACAGGCCUGGAUCCAAGGACCCUGGGAUCAUGACCUGCAAUGAAGGCAGACACUUAACCGACAGCCACCCAGGCUCCCCUAAAAGAGUAGUUCUUGAGAAGAGGGAUCUUGGGUGUGAGAAUCUCACUCCCCUCUCCUGGCCCACACCAUCCUGUGAGGUUCCCAUAGGUCCCCUUCCAUAAGAGUCUUAAUUCUAGUGUGAUGCUGGCACUGUGUCCUAAAGGUUGAGCACCUCUAUUCAAAUCUCUUGAGAUGUAUUUUAAACCAACAUCAUCCCCUGGCAUAGGAAUUUCUGUAGGUUUUCUUUCUCCUGUUAAAAGAGAAAACUGCCUUUGAUUUGUAUCCCGUUCAAGAUUCAAGGGAGAUCCCAUAUCCAGUCUUAGAAGUGAAAGCCAGUGUAGGUUACUUGGGUGUCCCCACAACUUCCAUCCCUAUGGGGCCAAUAUCCUUUGACCAUAAAAUGACUUGAGUCCCCAGUCAGCAGCCCCUGCCCCAUAUCUCAAGGAUGUGGGGGUGAGGAGGGGAGUGGGAGAGGGAGAAGCAGGUUUCCCGCUGAGCGGGGAGCCCGAUGCGGGGCUCGAUCCCAGGACCCUGGGAUCAUGACCUGAGCCAAAGGCAUAUGCUUAACGACUCAGCGCCCCUAGAUUUUACGUUAAUACAUUCAAAAUUCAAAAUGGAUAAAAGGAUGUGCAGAAGAAAACAAAAAAACUCCUUGUCACCCAGUCACCCAGUUCCUCUACCUGACGCUGACUAGUCAACUAUGGAGAAAGGGGAAGUUUCUGGAAGGAAGCUGGAAUCCUUCACAGAUUCAAAGGAACAGUUGAACGACCAAUCCUAGCAGAGAGAAUAAUGUGUCUCUCAUCUCUGCUCCUUUUCUGUAUGUUGGGAUCAUUCUUUAAAACCAACUUAAACUCCAAGAAAUGGGGACAAGACUCUACCUGACUCAUACAUUUAUAGCUUCACUACAGAGGAAAUUAACCUGUCCCCUCAGCUCUAGUUAGAAAGAUCCCAGGGAAGAGCUCUGAUUGGUUCAGCUUAAUCAUAUGCCCACCCCUGGCUCAAUUACUGUGGCCAGGAGGCUAGGAUGCUAUGAUUGGACUGGCUUGAGUCAGAUGCCCACCCUUCAUGGAACAAGAUGGCAGCACCCAUUCUAAGUACAUGGCUAGAGCCCAGGGAGGAGCUGUCCCCGAAGAGAAAGAGGUGCAUCUAUGCCCAGGAGAAGGGAAAAGUGCUAGGUUGACAAAGCUAACAGAUGUCCACUGCCUGUGGACACACUGUGUCAACUGUCCGCUGUGUCCAUACACACAUAUAUGGGGGGCAGGGGUGGUGUGCAGCUGGAACCAAGAUAUAUUCAUUCCAGGAGUCUCACGGACCUGGAGGCCUGCAGGGGGGCACGCUCCCCAGGAGGUUAUUUAUGUGAGAGAAGGAUCACAAAAGACCUGGUCCCUGCCAUCUAGAGACUUGUGGGAUAAUAAAGGGACGAGAAUAGAAAGGGUUUCAACUAGAAUAAAACCAUGGUCCAUAAACUUUCUCGAGUAAAAAAAAGUUUGGGCAUACAUAUAUGUACAUAUAUAUGUUAAUAUGUAUGCUAUAAAUCAUAUGCACAAUAGAACAUUUAAAGGACAAGAGAAAUAUUUUUAAGGCAUUAUUUUAAACUUAAUUUGUAUUAUAUGUGAUUCAAAGGAUACUUUCUCCUGUCACUAGAAACGAGGAUGUGGGUAAGAUAAUGUCUAAGGUCAGUUUCAGCUCUGAAUGUUAACGUUCAUAUUUUAUAGACACAGAUGACAGGUUACAAGUACUAAGUACAUUUUCUCGAGUCCUUUAAUACCACUGCCACCAAUGGGAAUAAUUAUGAGCCUUAUUUAAAAGUUUAUUUAAAGGCCCAAGCCGGGCGCCUGGGUGGCUCAGUUGGUUAAGCGACUGCCUUCGGCUCAGGUCAUGAUCCUGGAGUCCCUGGAUCGAGUCCCACGUCGGGCUCCCUGCUCGGCAGGGAGUCUGCUUCUCCCUCUGACCCUCCCCCCUCUCAUGUGCUCUCUCUCUCAUUCUCUCUGUCAAAUAAAUAAAUAAAAUCUUUAAAAAAAAAAAAGGCCCAGGUCAAGAUCUGAGUGUCAUUGGGAAAGGACAAAUGGGAAGCUUCUAAGAGACACAACAAGGUAACAUUUAUGUUGGUGAAUUCACUGCAGCUCAAGGUUUGGACCUUGCAACAGCAAAACAUACCAAAAUGAGAAAUCGCUGGUCACUGAGUGCUUGCUAUACGCCAGGCAUUCAGUGACGCGAGCAUUUGACUUACACUUGUGAUUUCUUUUAAUCCCAUCAACAACCCAAGGAUGCGAUGUUUGUAUUCUUCGUGGGAAGACACUGAAGCCGAGGGAGCAUACACCACACCACUUAGUGACGGAAGGAGCCGGAACACAAAGAUUAAUAGUGAUCAGGAGCACUUUUUGAACCCUUCACCUGACAGGCACUGUUCUAAGCACUUGAACUAACUCAUUUAAUCUGCACAGCAACUCUGAGCUAUGUGCUAUUAUUAUUGCUCACUAAUAAUGAGGAAAUGGAGAUGCCAAGAAGUUAAUGACUUGUCCACAUCUAGUAAGUGGGAGAGACCAAUGGUCUCGCUUUUCCCUUCCCUUCCUUUCUUCCUUCCUUCCUUCCUUCCUUCCUUCCUUCCUUCCUUCCUUCCUUCCUUCUUUCUUCCUCUCUCGCACUCUCUCUCUCUCUCGAUAUCAGUAUAGAUACUAUUAUUUUGCCCCAAGUUUUAAAACAUUUGCAAUUUGAAAAAAUGGUUUCUUUUCUUUUUACUGAUUCAACAAUUCCCUGUUACUCAGUGCUUAUCAAGAUAAGUGUGUUCUUAAUCCUCUUCACCUAUUUCACCAAUCCUUGGCUCUGCUUUCUAAAGCAUCAUGCACACCAUCUCUGCAAGCCCAUGAAAUUCAGACCAGUGCCUGGUGCUUCCUCCUUUGCACACUGGAAAUUUUAUCUAAAUAUUUUCCCAGUGUUCCAGGCUCAGAGUCAGGGGUGCUGAAUCAUCGUGACUCUCAAGAGACUGAUGGAUAAGCCAGAGCAUCAGUUUAAUAAUUUCCAGGGGUGGACUGGACAUUUGUAUCAGCCUGACCUGCACAUUGUCUCCCAGUAGCUACACGGGAACCUGCAUCAUCAGACUACCUGGUGAACACAGAAACUGCUAAUGACCCCAGUACCCAGUAUCCUAUGUCCUGAUAUGUCUGUCUCCACAGAUAUGAUACAUUUUUCUCUGUGUCUGACAGUAAGUUUUUGUUGGUCUGAGAAAGUAGGUCAGACCCUAGACAUAUCUCAGUGGCUGACUGGUUUCCUCAGCUUGACCCAUCUUUUCUUUAUUUUUUAUUUUAUUUUUUUAAAGAUUUUAUUUAUUUCACAGAGACACAGUGAGAGAGGGAACGCAAGCAGGGGGAGUGGGAGAGGGAGAAGCAGGCUUCCCCCGCCAAGCAGGGAGCCCGAUGUGGGGCUUGAACCCAGGACCCUGGGAUCAUGACCCAAGCCGAAGGCAGAUGCCCAACGAUUGAGCCACCCAGGCGCCCCCCAUCUUUUCUUUAGAUGUAUUAAUAAUCCGGUCAGUCUCCUAUUGAUCUGGUUGCUGUGGACAUUAUGCCUUCUCCUGGAGGUGACUUUACCUACCCUUAUUCUCUGGUUCACCAUUCAAUCAUCCAAAGAUAUUUAUGAGCACUUCAGUGUGCAAGAAAUGUUAUAUACUGUGGAGGGACAUUUUAGUGAAAGGGACACAUCACUAUCAUGUAAACUGAUGAAAAAAUUAAGUUAUUUUGGUUAGUGAUAGUGCUGUGAAAACUUUUGAUCGGAGAAUCAGGAUUGAGUGUUGGGAUGGAGAAGGGUGUUGGACUGUAGGCAGAGUGGACGGGAAAUGUCUCUCUGAGGAGAUGCAGUCUGAACUGAGCCCUGCAUGCUAAGAAGGAGCCAGUCUGUUGAUUUUUUUUUUUAAAGAUUUUAUUUAUUUGACACAGAGAGACACAGUAAGAGAGGGAACACAAGCAGGGGGAGUGGAAGAGGGAGAAGCAGGCUUCCCGCGGAGCAGGGAGCCCGAUGCGGGGCUCGAUCCCAGGACCCUGGGAUCAUGACCUGAGCUGAAAGCAGAUGCUUAACGACUGAGCCACCCAGGUGCCCCCAGUCUGUUGAUCUUAAGAGUUUAGUUCUCAGGGGAAGUGCUUCGGGACUGUAAUUCGAAGUGGAAGUUCAUUGCCUGUCUCUGUAGAGACCAUGUGGUACAAAUUAGGCAAGUAUGGUUGCAGUAGUGUUUUGUAUUGGGUGAUCCAAAUGGAAAUGCAGCCAUGCUUUCCAAAUCAAAAUUCCGAACUCAUCAUUUAACAGUAACAUGUGGACUGGAUUAAACAUUUGAAAUCAGGGCUAUCUUGGAUUUUCCAAGGCAUGUGAUUACCGUAAUUAAUAGGAUACAAUGGGUUGGCCUGGGCACCUUGACCCCACACUGUUGAUGUAGAAAGUGUAUUUCCAGUUUCUUUCUUUCUUUCUUUUUUUUUAAGAGAGAGUGAUAGAGUAUGAGCAGGGGGAAGGGCAGAGGCAGGGGCAGAGGGAGAAGCAGGCCCUUCCACAGAGCGGGAAGCCCAAUGUGGGGCUCCACCCCAGGACCCUGAGAUCAUGACCUGAGCCAAAGGCAGAAGCUUAACCAACUGAGCCACCCAGGAACCCCAUGUAUUUCUGGUUUCUAGAAAGCCACAUAACAGAUGAACAAAUGGAAUAAAACCACAUGUCAUUUGGCACCAUAUCUUUUUUCCCCAAGUAAAUUACAUAUUCUUCCCUCAGAGCAAAGUGUGACUUUUUUUUUAAUUUUUAAAGAUUUUUAUUUAUUUAUUUGAGAGAGAGAGAAUGAGAGAGAGCAAGCACAUGAGAG